UAUUUUGUCUAAGUCAGUGGUCGCGACCGACUUUCUAGUACUACCACAGACAAUACAAUGAUGGAGCUUAAGCGUGUUUUAGUUUUCCUUCUCUUAGCUGCUUUCCUUGUUACAUGCUAUGCAAGGCCGUCGAACGAGGAUGAUCGUGAAGUUGAAGAAGACUUUGAUGACAGUUACAUCGCUGAAGAAGAAGCUAAACCAGAGGAAGGAGCAGAGGAGAGCGGAAGUGCAGAGGAAACCACCCCGGCUCCUCCUGCUGAAGGAGCUACCACGCCACCUGCGGGAGGAGUUGCUCCUCCUCCCCCAGCUGCAGGGCCUCCACCUCCACCAAAUCCUCUUGUUGACGGAGUUAAUAAAGCCUGCGCUGACUUCCAAGCCUGCGCUGCACAAGGCGACCCCUCGAUGUGCCUCGGGCAGAUGGUGGCUGCUUUAACAACGUUGAUGAGUGGAGGUGGAGCUCCCUGCCAAGGCGGAGCAGUAGUACCAGCACCAGAACCCAUCCCAUGCCCGAUGCCGAUGCCAAUGCCGGCACCAAUGCCGGCACCAUACCCCAUGCCUUAUCCCGUGCAGCCGUCCUCAUGUGGCGGCACGUAUCCGUGCAAAGACAAGCCAUCGAAGGGAAAGAAGAAACACCAGGAUAAGAAACAACAUAAGAAGGAUGAGGAGCACGAGACCCGUGGAUUACGUUUUUAAGACACCAGGCUAGGAAGGUAGUCGAAGGAGAUUGAAUAUCAACCUGUUAUUUUGAAAUAGACUCGGUAUUCACAGCCUCGUACCUGUAACGACUAUACCAAACGCAAGUGUUCCCUCCUUUUUAGAAGCUCAUCAGGUUUGAUACUCUGUAGUUGGUAUUUUCGAGAAGUAUGUAAAAUACACAUCGUGCAAUGUAAACUUGUUUAAGAAAGAAGGAAUAAAGUUCAUCGUAAGAACUACA